AGGCACCGCGUGGGGCGGGGCUGCGGGCGGGCUCCCAGCUGCUGGGCCCUCAUCGGCUGGGCCUCGUCGACCGGCAAGCGGAACGCGGCAGCGGGGCUGGGCCUGUGCGGCGGUCGCCGGAGCGCUUUGGAAGGCGCACGGGGCGAAGAUGGCGGCGGAGCGACAGGAGGCGCUGAGGGAGUUCGUGGCGGUGACGGGCGCCGAGGAGGACCGGGCCCGCUUCUUUCUCGAGUCGGCCGGCUGGGACUUGCAGAUCGCGCUAGCGAGCUUUUAUGAGGACGGAGGGGAUGAAGACAUUGUGACCAUUUCGCAGGCAACCCCCAGUUCAGUGUCCAGAGGCACAGCCCCCAGAGAAAAGAGGUAGGAGGAAAGUGAUCUUGUAACUGUUUGCACGUGCUAACCUAUGAGAUGUUGGUGAUGGCACAUCUGGGUAUUACUGCUUGGGACAUGUUGUUAGGUGAUAAUAGAGUGACAUCCUUCAGAGACCUCAUUCAUGACCAAGAUGAAGAUGAGGAGGAGGAGGAAGGCCAGAGGUUUUAUGCUGGGGGCUCAGAGAGAAGUGGACAGCAGAUUGUUGGCCCUCCCAGGAAGAAAAGUCCCAACGAGCUGGUGGAUGAUCUCUUUAAAGGUGCCAAAGAGCAUGGAGCUGUAGCUGUGGAGCGAGUGACCAAGAGCCCUGGAGAGACCAGUAAACCGAGACCAUUUGCAGGAGGUGGCUACCGCCUUGGGGCAGCACCAGAGGAAGAGUCUGCCUAUGUGGCAGGAGAAAAGAGGCAGCAUUCCAGCCAAGAUGUUCAUGUAGUAUUGAAACUCUGGAAGAGUGGAUUCAGCCUGGAUAAUGGAGAACUCAGAAGCUACCAAGACCCAUCCAAUGCCCAGUUUCUGGAGUCUAUCCGCAGAGGGGAGGUGCCAGCAGAGCUUCGGAGGCUAGCUCACGGUGGACAGGUGAACUUGGAUAUGGAGGACCAUCGGGACGAGGACUUUGUGAAGCCCAAAGGAGCCUUCAAAGCCUUCACUGGCGAGGGUCAGAAACUGGGCAGCACUGCCCCCCAGGUGUUGAGUACCAGCUCUCCAGCCCAACAGGCAGAAAAUGAAGCCAAAGCCAGCUCUUCCAUCUUAAUCGACGAAUCAGAGCCCACCACAAACAUCCAAAUUCGGCUUGCAGACGGCGGGAGGCUGGUGCAGAAAUUUAACCACAGCCACAGGAUCAGCGACAUCCGACUCUUCAUCGUGGAUGCCCGGCCAGCCAUGGCUGCCACCAGCUUUAUCCUCAUGACUACUUUCCCGAACAAAGAGCUGGCUGAUGAGAGCCAGACCCUGAAGGAAGCCAACCUGCUCAAUGCUGUCAUCGUGCAGCGGUUAACAUAACCGCCCAGCCAGCUGCCUGGCCUCCCUCCUGUGUUUCCCAUGGCCAGUGGCCAUGCCCCAUGGGGAUCGCCCCUCCUGCCCCCUUGUGCACACCCAGCAGUCCAGUGCAACGUCUCCUCCAUAGCUCUGGGUUCUUAGAUCUUGGUUGGACGUUUGUUUUCUCCUUAGUUGCAUUUCCUGGGUUUUUGUGACGAUCAAUGGACUUUAAUGAAAAAAAAAAUAAAAACAACCAAAAAAAUUGAA